GUGAAAUGUGCGUUGUGCGGUGAUGACGCUAACGAACAUUUAGCACAGCAAACUAAAUUUAGCCAGCACGACGUCGACAUCGAAAACGAUGAGAACUUACAAAAUCUGUCGCCAACUGCAGGCAAACUUUGCGGACGCGUAGCAGCGAAACGGGAAAUGUCCCACGACUAUCAAUAGCCGACACGCGCCUUCUAUCCAAAAUCAAUUCCGAAUCAAAUACCAAACCACCAACAACCCAUAAAAAGCAGGAAGCGAAGAGCCGAAGAACCGAAGAGGAGAAUCCGCAUCAGUUCCUAUGUGGAAGAUAGAGCCGAGUUUAAAUGAAAUUGAGCAAGAGCCUGGCAAACUGUCGCGCCAUCCGGCGCUAUUUGCUCAUCUUCACGGCCGUCUCCCUGCUGCUCCUGCCCCUCUCGCUGGUCUACCUGGUGUGGAACGAGCAGCUGCAGAAGAUCCGAGGAUUCGAGGCCUUUAAUGUGCAACAGCAGCUAUCGCCGCAGCAGCAGCAACAGCAGCAGCAAUCGCAGCAGCAGCAGCAGGAUUCGCAACAGCAGCAAUCGCAGCAACAUGGCCAACAGUUUCCGUAUCCGGUGGUCCGGUAUCCGGUGCUGCUGCUGAACAAGAACAAGAACAAGGACCUCACUGUCGUGGCAACGGGCAAGACCAAGAACAAGUGGCGCUAUGUUGAUAAAGACAGCAACCAGACGCUCCUGCCCCUCAUUCCCGAGUAUGCCGUGCAGACACUCACGCCGCAGGAAAUGCUCCAGGUGGAGCAGAGAAUGGACCAGCGAAGGGAGCGGCUGAGGGACAAGUGCUCCGCCUACGGCCUGGAUGUCCUAGGUCACGACUCGUGGCACACCCCCAACACGUGGGAGUUUUUGGUCAACAAAAAGUAUCACAUUAUCUGGUGCAAUGUCUUCAAGGCAGCCUCCUCGUCCUGGAUGUUCAACUUUAACGUCCUGGCCGGCUACUCACCCAGUUAUUUGCGCAAGACCAAAAAGAUUCUCCUCAAUCUGGCCAGGGAGCGCUAUCCCCGGGUGACCCUCGACGAGCUGCGUGAGGCGCAGAACUACUCGCUGACCUUCAUCAUCGCACGCGAUCCCUUCGAACGGCUGUUGAGUGCCUAUCGGGACAAGAUGGUGUUUGCCCUGCCCUACUCCUUCCACGACAAGUUGGGACGCAGCAUUGUGCGCAAUUAUCGCAAGAAGCCAUCGCUGGCAGCCCGUGCGGCCAACACAAAGUUCCCAUCAUUCCCGGAAUUUGUGCACUGGCUGCUCGACCAGGUGAAGCGCGGCAGCUUCAUCGACAUGCACUUCGUGGCGGCCACCUCCUUCUGCACACCCUGCCUCAUCCGGUUCGACAUGAUACUGAAGUUCGAGUCGCUGGCGGAGGAUCAAUUAUAUCUAAUCGAAAAGACUGGCCUGAAGCGGGUGAUAGCGCCCGUGUGGCGAAAUAUGGGCAAGGGCCGCAAGACGCACGAACUGCAGCAGCAAUUUUACGCCCAACUGACGCGGCAGGAGAUGCUGGAGCUUUACGAGUAUUACAAAUACGACUUUGAGCUGUUCGACUACGACAUCCAGGAGUAUCUCCAGGUGGCCCGGCCGGAUGAGGCUGAAAGUCCGGCGGCGGGUGCAAAGAAUUAACCCGGCCCCGGAACUCUUAGACUUUGCUAAACAAAAUACCAAUGAAUCAAGUUCAACGAACUCACAUAUUAGCCGUCGCAGUACGUAAUUGCAAAUGUUGAUAAUACUGAAGGAAAACAAUAAUAAACUUAACUAUAUUUAAA